UGUCUUGGUCUAAAGGGCGCCAGGUGGGGCCAGCAGAGCACUAGCAAGGAUGGGAAGCUCAGAGGCUUCCAGUGGCUUGCUUGUGAGACCAGGUGUGAUUCUAAAGGAUUUGACCAACUAAGCCUAAAUGAACUCAGCGCCCCCGUGGUGCUAGGCUGGAGUGGAUCAGACACCUGGUUUGGGAGGCUGGGCCCCCUGCUCUGGGGCGGCAGGUUACCCGGGAGUUUAGUUCUCACUGCCGUGGAGCUAGCACCUGAGUAUCAGAUCCUAAGUGAAGACCCCCAGUGAGUCAAUGCCUAAAACCCCUAAGCCUUAGGAUCUCCAGCCACCUGGGCCGCACUAUUGGAGAGAAGAGGGUGGCAAUCCCUGUGAUCCCACUGAAGCCCUGGCCUGGAGGAGACAGCUCCAUGAAGCUUGGUUCUGACCCAGUGCUUCUGGGGAAACGCUGUCAGCCACCCUCAAGCCCCAGGCGCUUCAUAGACCUAUCUCAGGUCAAGAGCUGCUCUCUUUUUAUUUUUAUUUUAUUUUAUUUUAUUUUAUUUAUUUUUUUGAGACGGAGUCUUGUUGUCACUCAGGCUGGAGUGCAGUGGCACCAUCUUAGCUUACUACAACUUCCGCCUCCUGGGUUCAAGCAAUUCUGCCUCAGCCUCCCAAGCAGCUGGGACUACAAGCAACUGCCACCACACUUGGCUAAUUUUCUUGUGUUUUUAAUAGCGAUGGGGUUUCACCAUGUUGGCCAGGCUGGUUCGAACUCCUGACCUUAAGUGAUCUGCCUGCCUCGGCCUCCCAAAGUGUUAGGCUUACAGGCAUGAGCCACUGCAGCUAGCCGUAUGGCUUUUUUUUUUUUAAAGAGGUGGGGUCUCACUGAGUUGCCCAGGCUGGUCUGGGCUCAAGUGAUCCUCCUGCCUUGGCCUCCCAAACUGCUGGGAUUACAGGUGUGAGCCACCGUGCCCGGCUACCUGUGAUCCUUCAGAGAAGGGGGCAAGGGCUGGGCUGUACGGGGUCUCUCGUCCUGAACCAGGGUUGUGACUGGCUUGAGCUGGACAAUGCUAUUGUGAUGUCAGCCCACACCCACUGUGAAAUGCAGGCUCCUGAGCUCUGGGGGCCUGUGGAGCUGCUGUCUAGACGCAGAUCAUGGGUGGCGGGUAUGAUCUCAACCUCUUCGCCAGCCCUCCUGACAGCAACUUCGUGUGCUCCGUCUGCCAUGGGGUUCUCAAGAGGCCAGCAAGGUUGCCAUGCAGCCACAUCUUCUGCAAAAAGUGCAUCCUCCAGUGGCUAGCCAGACAAAAGACCUGUCCGUGCUGUAGGAAAGAGGUGAAAAGGAAAAAGAUUGUCCACAUGAAUAAACUCCAGAAAACCAUUGGCCGCCUGGAAGUCAAGUGCAAGAACGCCGACGCUGGCUGCAUAGUGACGUGCCCCCUGGCCCAUCGCAAGGGGCACCAGGACUCAUGCCCCUUUGAGCUAACGGCCUGCCCCAACGAGGGCUGCACCUCGCAGGUGCCGCGUGGGACCCUGGCAGAGCACUGGCAGCAUUGCCAGCAAGGGUCCCAGCAGCGCUGCCCCCUGGGCUGCGGGGCCACCCUGGACCCGGCCGAGCGUGCUCGCCACAACUGCUACCGGGAGCUGCACAACGCCUGGAGCGCGCGCCAGGAGCGCCGUCGGCCCCUGCUGCUGUCCCUCCUGCGGCGUGUGCGCUGGCUGCACCAAGCCACCAGUGUCGUUCGCAGACAGCUGGCGGAGCUCAGCAACUUCCUGGAGGAAGACACCGCUCUGCUGGAGGGUGCCCCACAGGAGGAGGCCGAGGCUGCCCCAGAAGGCAACGUUGGGGCUGAGGUGGUGGAGCCCAGGGCCAAUGUACCUUGUAAAUAGGUAAAUAAAAGCGGACCCCAGGCCUGCCUGCCUCUGUGCCUGCGGCCCUCACAACUGUCA